AUGCCAAUCGCUGCACUGGAGUCCGCCAUGAAGACAAAUAACAUUUCACCGGACACCAAAGAAGACAUAAGACAAGGGAUAACUGCUGCGAUGAACAGAAGAAAGGAGAAAAAUGUCUUCAAUCAAAAGGAACUACGAGCCAUGGACAACUUGAAACGUGGUAAGAAAAUAAUCAUUCUCCCGGCAGACGAGGGAGAAUGA